AUGAAUACGGAUCUUGUAGCCCCUCCUGAAUUUAAAGUUAUCGUAUUAGGUGAUUCCGCAGUAGGGAAAUCAAGUAUAGUAUUACAAAUCAGCCAAGAAACGUUUGAUUAUCAAAUGGAUACUACAAUUGGUGCAAGCCACGUUCAGAAAAGGAUGGAAACACCAAGAGGUCCAAUAAUUUUGAAUAUAUGGGAUACAGCAGGACAAGAAAGAUACAGAAGUCUUAUCCCUAUUUAUCUACGAGCUGCACAAGCAGCAUUAAUAUGUUAUGAUGUAACGAAUAGACAGAGCUUUCUUUCAUUAGAGCAUUGGAUAGAAGAUGUACAAAAGAUCUGUCCAUCAGACAUUCAUAUAUAUAUAGUUGGAAACAAAUGCGAUCUUGAAGAUGUGGUGCCGAUUGUUGAAGCUGAAGAUUUUGCAGCUUCCAGGAAGUAUCCAUUCUUUAGGACAUCUGCGAAAUUAGGAAAAAACAUUACAGAACUUUUUAAUACACUUUCCUCUGAUUUACUUGGAGGAGACGAGAUGCAUCAGAUUGUUAUCAAUAUUACAGAAGAUAAGAAAGAAACGUCACAAAAGAAAUGCUGUUAA